AUGGCGGUGAAACUGGAACCGUCUUACUUCUCGAGCGAGUAUAUGCAUGCAGACGCCCCGCUGGAAGAGGACCAUGAGGAAGAGGAACUAAUAACGGAGGAAGACAGCUGGGUGGUGAUCGGAUCCUUCUUUGGUAGCCAUGGAUUAGUGAACCAGCAGAUAGAGAGUUACAACGACUUUAUUGAAUACAGGAUGCAGGAAAUAAUUGACGAGCACCCCCCCAUAGAAAUAAGGCCACAGCCACAAUACCGCUCAGAUCGAGAUGAUACUAAAAACGUAAUGUACUCCUUAAAGUUUGGUCAGCUAUCCCUAGAUAGGCCAUUCUACGAUGAAAGGAAUUUAACAAAUAAGAACCUGUGGCCACAGGAGGCAAGGCUAAGAAACCUAACCUACUCCUCUGCUAUAUACAUAGACAUUGAGCAGAGCACAUAUGUGGUGGAUGAAAAUUCAAAGAGUCAAAUUUUAAAAGAAAAAUUUGUAUACGAACGGAUUAACUUGGGAAGAAUACCACUCAUGUUGAAGUCCAUGUUUUGCUGGACGAAGGGAUUACCAGAGAGCGAGAUUGCUGAUAUGGGUGAGUGUGCAUUUGAUCAGGGUGGGUAUUUUAUUGUGAAUGGAGGAGAGAAGGUGUUGGUGGCACAGGAGCGAAUGGCUCACAAUUUUAUUUAUGUGUUUAAGAAGAAGCAGCCUUCUAAGUUUGGUUGGGUAGCUGAGAUAAGAUCUCAGAUGGAGAGAUCUCAAGCUACAUCUGGCUUUUCUGUGAAGAUGAAAACGAAAAUGGGUUCUAGAGGUAGUUCAGUUAGGACAGGAGGACAAUUGGUGGCUACUUUGCCUUAUAUAAGAACUGAAAUUUCGGUGGGUAUUUUGUUUAGAGCGUUAGGUUGUACCUCCGAUCGAGAUAUACUACAAAGAAUUGUAUACGACUUUAAUGACAAAAUGAUGAUUAACACAUUGAGGGAGACUCUAGAGGAGUGCAUAGAUUAUCCUACACAGGAUAUUUGCCUGGACUUCAUUGGUAAAAGAGGACCCACUGUUGGUGCAUCCCGUGAAAAAAGAAUUUUAUAUGCAAAGGAGCUUCUACGAAAGGAGGUUUUACCCCACAUGGGUACUGGGCCAGGGGUGGAAAGUAAGAAGUCUUACUUCAUUGGGUACAUGAUUAAUCGGUUAUUGCUAGCCGAGUUAGGAAGAAUUAAAGAAGACGAUCGGGAUCACUUUGGGAAGAAGCGGUUGGACAUUGCAGGGCCUUUAAUGGCUAGCAGUUUCUCUACCUAUUUUAGAAAAAUGGCAAAAGAUGUGAGACGGGUUCUACAAAGGCAGAUCGAUAAUAACAAGCCAUUUGAUGUUGCGGGGGCGGUUAGGAGUUGUUCACAAAUUACACAAGGGAUGCAGUACCAGCUAGCUACAGGUAAUUGGGGUAAAGACAAAGAUGGGAAAGUGAUAAGAACGGGAGUUGCGCAGGUUCUUAACCGAUUGACUUACUCCUCAUGCUUGUCUCAUUUGAGACGAUUGAAUACGCCACUGGGUCGAGAAGGGAAAAUGGCAAAACCGAGGCAGCUGCAUAACACCCACUGGGGAAUGAUUUGUCCAUUCGAAACGCCAGAAGGACAGUCCGUAGGUCUUGUGAAGAAUUUGUCCCUGAUGUGUGACAUAAGUGUGGGUACUUCUACGAACAACAUUUAUGAAUUUCUACUGGAGUGGGGUCUAGAAUCCCUAGAUGAAGUGCCACCGCAAUUAAUGAAGGAAAAGGUGAAGCUUUUUCUGAAUGGAAAAUGGGUUGGAUGUUUCAACCAAAUUGAUAAUCUAAUCGAGACGUUAUAUGAGUUAAGAAGGAGGUGUGACAUAUCUCCUGAAGCUUCAAUCGUAAGGGAUGUGAACAGCAAGGAGAUUAAAAUUUUUACCGAUUCGGGUAGAGCGAUGAGACCUCUAUACGUGGUAAAAAAUGUCAAUGGGGAAAACAAACUCAAAUUAACUAAGGAACAUGUAAAGAAUAUGAUUGCCUAUCCGGAGACAUACAAUUGGGAUUACCUCAUCCAGGAAGGAAUAAUUGAAUACAUCGACUGUGAAGAGGAGGAAACUACAAUGAUUAGUAUGUUUAUAGGGGACUUGAAAACCGGGACGGGGUAUCAUAACAAUUAUACCCACUGUGAGAUUCACCCUUCCUUAAUUUUAGGUGUAUGUGCAUCUAUUAUUCCAUUUAGUGAUCACAACCAGAGUCCCCGUAACACAUACCAGAGUGCCAUGGGGAAACAAGCCAUGGGAAUUUACGUGACAAAUUUUAACAUUCGGUUAGAUACGCUGGCCCAUUUAUUGUACUACCCUCAGAGGCCACUUGUAUGCACCAAGGUGAUGGAGUAUUUACGAUUUAGGGAUUUACCGGCAGGUAUUAACGCCAUCGUUGCCAUCAUGUGCUAUACAGGAUAUAACCAAGAAGACAGUCUGAUCAUGAACCAGUCUUCUAUAGAUAGAGGUUUGUUCAGAAGUGUGUUCUAUAGAACCUACACGAGUGAAGAGAAACAACAGGGGAGUCUUAUUAUUGAAUCGUUUGAGAAGCCUUCUAUUAGAUGUGUGAAAAAUUUAAAGAGGGGCGAUUACACCAAGUUGGAUAAUGAUGGGUUAAUCGCUCCUGGUAUACGGGUUCUAGGGGAUGAUAUUAUUAUUGGGAAGGUAUCCCCUAACAUUGAAGACGAGGACGAUAUAGUGAUUCAGAAGAAGGUACCUAAUGUACAAAUGAGUUAUAACUCUGUUGGGUCUACGUCUAAUGGGUUUUUAACAGGGAAGGACUCGUCGGGAGGAGGAAGCAUGUUGAAUGGAAGUGGAGCGAGUGUUUGUGGAAGUGUAUCUAGUCCUUAUUCUCCUUCCACAAUUGGAGGUUCUAAUAUGAUGGAUUCCGUUCCUGAUUCUCCAAUGAGUGAUAGGUAUAGCAGUAGCGGGCCAGUGGGUACAACCACGAUGGGUCCAGCCAGUGUUGCUUCUUCCACCCCGAGCAGCACCACCAUUUUUAAAAGCGGAAGCACUAUGUCGACGAUGAAUAGCCCCCAGUAUGGAACAACUAUCGUUUCUGGGUCUACAAAAGACGAUUUAGAAAUUCCCACGCUCACCAUUAGUACCUCUAACAUAUUGAAGCAGUACAAGAAGGACUGCUCCUUGAGCUUAAGAGAAAAUGAGAACGGGGUGAUAGACACCGUCAUGUUGUCAUCCAAUAGCCGAGGCAAUAAAUUUGCCAAGGUAAAAGUCCGCUCAGUACGUAUCCCCCAAAUUGGGGAUAAAUUUGCAAGUAGACAUGGACAGAAGGGUACUAUUGGAAUUACAUACCGCACGGAGGAUAUGCCUUUUAGCUCAGAUGGUACUUUUCCAGACAUCAUCAUGAACCCUCAUGCAGUUCCAUCCCGUAUGACCAUCGGUCACUUGGUCGAAUGUCUAGCUGGGAAGGUCGCAGCCAUAGAAGGGGGAGAAGGAGAUGCAACACCAUUUUCUAAAAUCACUGUGCAAGAAAUAUCGCAGAGGUUACAUAACCUUGGGUAUGAAAAGUAUGGUAAUGAUAUUUUGUACAAUGGUCAUAAUGGGAAAAUGUUAAAGUCGAAGAUUUUUAUUGGGCCGACUUACUACCAGAGAUUGAAACACAUGGUGGAGGACAAAAUACAUGCUAGGAGUAGAGGGCCUCUUACUAUGAUUACGAGACAGCCCACGGAGGGAAGAUCCAGGGAUGGAGGAUUACGUUUUGGAGAAAUGGAAAGAGAUUGCAUGAUUUCACACGGGUCUGCGAAAAUGCUCAAGGAACGUCUCUUCGAAGAAAGUGAUGCGUACCGUGUCCACGUGUGUGACAAUUGUGGGCUCUGUUGUAUCGCAGACAUUAACAAAAAUGCUUACGAGUGUACCGUCUGCAAUAGCAAAACUAACAUUUCGCAGAUCUACAUUCCCUAUGCUUGUAAGCUGCUCUUCCAGGAGCUCAUGACGAUGGCCAUAUAUCCGAAGCUCGUCUUGGAGGAUAUGUAA